AUGCAGAGCCUGGUUCUACCCGGUCCAACCUCGCUCCUUUCCACGCCAUUUGGGCGGCCUGCUGAAGCUGAAGACGGCCUGGCCAGAAUUCGGGCCAAGUUCAGUCCUCACAGGUCUGCGCAUCAGGGUUAUCCAUCCCCGCCCAUGUCAGAACCUCAAUCUCCAGCCCGUCGACCAGCACAGUCUGUUGAAUCUGCGCGCAUUUCUUAUUCCCAACCCCUGGGCUCGUCCCAACGACAAGACAGCUUUGUCCAACCACCUGCGCCACCCUCUCUUUACGACCCGCGUGCUUCGUCGGCACCACACGUUCUCCCUCCCCAGCGACCACUGUACCCUGGCGAAUCUCAGCCCAGAGGCCAAGCUCUCUCCUACCAAACCGGUCCUCCGCCUCAGCACCAGCCCUAUGGACAAAUUGUCCCGCAAAACUAUGGAUACGGCUACCAGAAUGCCAAUUUGCCCCCGUACGCUGGUGUCCAGCAUCAGGGGCCCAUGGUCCAGCAAGGCGCAAUGAUUGCACCCCCGCCAGCUAGGCCCACCAAGCCAGCUAGAAGGACCAAGGCACAUGUGGCCUCUGCCUGUGUCAACUGCAAGAAGGCCCAUCUCAGUUGCGAUGUUCAGCGGCCAUGUGGCCGUUGCGUGGCUUCUGGGAAGCAGGACACAUGUAAAGAUGUCCAACACAAGAAGAGAGGAAGGCCGAGGCUGAGGGACGACAGAAAGUUUCUUAGAACAGACGAAGGAAGGCCACCUAGCCAACUCUUAGGUGCUCCACCCUCUGAAGCUCCUCUGCACCAGUCGACUUAUCCGGGAUCCCUUCUGUCUCGAGGUCCCGAGCCUCAACAUGUCUUGGGAGGCGCUGUGCACCAGCGGGACCUCCCAAGUGCCAAUCCCCAGAUGGCGCCUUCGACGAACAGAGAUGCAGUGGCCGGAACACUGCCUCAGUCCUACAGCCCCGCAACGAGUCUAUCAUACCACAAGCUUCCAGUGGCAUAUCUCAGUCUGGACCUGAUGAUCCAGAAGACCAAUCAGGCAUUUGCCGACUUGGUGGCUUUCCUGGGAGAUGCCAGGGGUAAACACCUUGGCGACCUGCUGGAAAUUCGACAAAACGACUCCCUGCAGCGCCUGCGCAACGAGCUCCGCGACGAGCGCGACGAGCGCGAGCCAGCUUACAUGGCGCCUAUCACCCCAGUGGGCCAGGAUCCCAUGCGCUCAGUAAUGGACGCUGUGUCAGAUCAAGACAUUGAUCAUGUCACUCACGGCUUCACCAACAGGACCAUGUAUCUCAGCUUUCGCAUUCCUGGUGCAGAGCAAUACCAGUCACUGCAGGUUCAGAUCCGACUGGCAAAGACUUCGCUCUACUUUGUUACGCUGGUUGUAACAUCUCCGCCAAGAGCCAUGGGCACAAAUCUCCUUACGCAGCAACUUGCUCCUCCAACGCCAAGCAAUGCUUCGCGUACAGCAUCGAUAUCCGCAAACCCACCAGUCUCACAUUACACUCCGCACCAGGCCCGCCGGCCGUCUUCCAACAGUUCUGCGCCCAACUCACCCUACUACAAUUUUGCAGCCGUCCGAACUUCGCUACCGGCAAUAAGCCCCAACUCUUACAGCAGUAGUCCGUCCUAUGGCUACUCUCCUACCGCGGGCGCAGAGACAGGAUACUUUCCAACCUACCAGCCACCCCCGCAGCCCACCUCCAAUGCGUACCCCUCGCCUUACGCUUCGAAUGCUCGACCGUCUACGUCCAAGUCUGAGUCUCUGCGCGAGUUGACUCGUCCCGCCCGUCUCGAGGGCCUGCAUCUUCCACCGAUUCGAACCGGACCUCCUCCCCUUGGCUCACCACUACACAUGGAAGCGGGUAGUGGCGCCCAAGAGCGCGAGCGCGAACGUGUACGACCACGCGACUCCUCUUCAAGCGGCCCCGAACGACGAGGCCCCGAAUCCCCUGAUGCGGGAAAGCGAAGGCGGCUCAACAUUCGCGAGAUGCUAGAGUGA